UCCUUAAAAGACUAUACAAUUAUUUACCAAUUAAAAAAAAUUAAUCUACACUUGAAAAUUUGUUAAAGUUUUCUCUUAAUCUGUCAUGAAACUAUUUUAUAACAUAAGACACACGAUGGCGAAGAAGAAAUAAAAUAAAUCUAUAGAUACAACAUACACAAAAAAGUUUACAUCAUUAAUAUUCACACAUGACUAUGGGUUGUUUAUUCGGCAAAUAUUUGAGAAAAUCUAAAUACAAAGAUGGCAGCAUAAAAGGAAAAUCCGGGUCAGGAACAGGUUUUAAAAGAUUAAGCGAGACUCUGACCAAUCGCAAGUUUUCUUGGGAAAAGCGUUCAGGCGUAAAUAUCCGAGAGUACAAAUUCGAAAAUUUAACAGACCAGUCUUAUUUCAAACCUCCAGGGAGCGUAAACGGAAAUCAAUUCAUAAUUCAUAAAUGCAAGAAUUGCAAAUUGUUUAUACUGGACAACAGCGAUUCCGUUAGUAUAGACCGAUGCAGCGAUUGUAUAAUAUUCGUCGGACCAACCAAAAACACUAUAUACAUCAGAAACUGCGAAAACUGCAAAAUAAUGGGCGCCUCGCAUCAAUUCAGAGUUCGCGAUUGUAAAAAUGUGGAUAUAUGGUUGUUCAGUUUAACCAAACCAUCCAUAGAAUCGUCUCAAUCCAUUAAAUUCGCGUGUUUUUGUUACUAUUAUUUGGGUCUGACAGAACAAUUUAAUACAGCUAACCUUAAUCCGUUUAACAAUUCUUGGAGUGACGUGCAAGAUUUCGAUGAAACGGAUAAAAGACCUAGUAUUUCUUGGGAUAUUAUGUCAAACGAAAACUCGGACCAAAAAUUACAUUUGUUUCUUCCUCCUCUAGGUCUGGAGAUCUAUAGUCCUUAUAUAAGAGUGAGUUCUCCACAAAUCACAUCCUCCGUUGUGAAUUCUGAUGAUUAUUCAAAUACAAAGGAAAUCAGUAAAAUAUCCGAAAACCGAACAUCUUUAACUUUGCCCUUCAUAGAAGAAAGCAGUAAUGCCUCGAGUCACAUUGAAACAAUUCAUUUUUUUAAUGGUAAAAGUAAUGAUUCAAAACUUAAUAACACAAUCACUAGUCUUAACGGUUAUAUAGAUCAUAAGAGAGUUGAGCCAGAGAAGGGUAAUGUUGUUAACAGGGAUGAUGAACAAGUUAAGCGACCCUCUUUAAAAGACGAACACAAUAAAGCGCCUAGAAAUUCAAUGGUGGUUGCCGAUAAGGAAGAUAAAGAAGUUAAUAGUAAUAGCAGUUGCGGUGCUCAGAUCAAACGAAGUUCACUUAAUGCUCAAUAUCUACCCUUACCACUUGAUAACGCUACACUUUUAAAUUCUAUUUCUAUAAGCAAAGAAAAAAGCGUUGUUUUACAGACGAUUGGUAUAAACAAUAUUAAAUCAUUGCAAAUAGCUCAAAUCAAAAAUAAUAAUUCGACGGCUUCUUAUUAUAAUAAUUGCCAGUAUUGUCUAAUCGUAUUUUUUUGGGAUGGUCAAAACGAUGACAGAGCCAAAAUUUUAGUUAAAGAGAUUGAAAAGCGAUAUCCGGAAUGUUUUCUCAUACAAACGCGACAAUUGAAUAUAAAUAAAAACGAUUCCCAAAACAUUUUCGGUUCUAGUCAUUACGAACAAACAGUUGAGGCUGGUCCAGCCAUAGGAUUAGAAUUUUUCGGUGAAAAUGCCAUAAGUAAAUGUACCAACACGCUUAAAUGCUUAGUAAUGGGUACUCCUGGUCUAGUCUUUGUAACCAAUAACCCACACACUGCAGAUCUCCACAUUCAAAAUUUUUUUGGUUACCAAAAUUCAAAUAUGAGUUAAUAUUUUAAUCGAAAAAUUGACAUAUUAUAAUUAUGCAUUUAAUUUAAAUGGGAAAAAUAAUUGUAAUUUUAGUUUAUAUACAU